GCCUCAGCCUUGGCCCUCGAGCUUGCAGCCACAGGAGCAGCCUGCUUCUGCUGGUCCUGAGCUCCUCUCUUCUCUCUCUCCAGGCUGGUCCGGGAGUUCAUGGCCCAGAACAACACCGUGCAAAUCAAACAUGUGAUCCAGACCCUGUCUCAGGAGUUUGCCCUGUCUCAGCACCCCCACAGCAGGAAAGGGGGUCUCAUCGGCCUGGCCGCCUGCUCCAUCGCACUGGGCAAGGACUCGGGGCUCUACCUGAAAGAGCUGAUCGAGCCGGUGCUGACCUGCUUCAAUGACGCUGACAGCAGGCUGCGCUACUACACCUGCGAGGCCCUCUACAACAUCGUGAAGGUGGCCCGCGGCGCCGUGCUGCCCCACUUCAACGUGCUCUUUGACGGGCUGAGCAAGGCUAUGAGAGCAUGGAUGCUCUGGGGGCCUCUCCUGCCUGGCUCAGGCUCUGCCAUCUUCCCCCGCAGCGCCUGGCCCCUGGCCCCGAGCAGCUCACAUGCCUUUGACCCACAGAACAUCAAGACAGAAAGCAACGGUUCAACCUGCUGAGCUUCAUCCCUUUGUUGUGGGAGAGGAUUUACUGCAACAGCCAGUACGCCCAGCAGUUCAUCAUCUCCUGGGUAAGGUCCAGUCCCUUGACACUCCUUUGUCGGCUAUAAUGAGCCUCUAGCUGA